AUGCUCUCGUCCACCAUGCAUAAUUUUAAUACAUAUCCUUCGGUCUUUCUUCUCUCCAUUCUCACUUUCCUCAUUUUCCCCAUCUCUUCUAACUCUCAAACCGAUCCAGCUGGACCACAGAUCAAUUACUGUGUAUUCACCUACAAUAGCAACUUUUACGUAUUUGGUGAUGAGGGCAAUAAUAACCAUCCCUACUUUGUUUACACCAAUACGCCCUUCGAUGUAACAAGUUCCCCAUGGAAUUUUACGCCAGUAGCUAAUGCCACAAAAGUCUUUCGACCAGCAUGUUCCGUUACUUCAGAUGGUAUCUUAUACGUGACUGGCGGAGUAGACAUAGACAAUGGUAAAUACAUCGUCCAAUCGAUUGAUUUGAAAAGCAGUAUUUUGGGCUCUCGGUACACGCGUCAAUGUUUGUCGAAUCAAUGUGAUUUUAAAUCUAUUGUCGUAAAAACGUCAUCGGAAGAAGUGUUGUUUAUCUUUGGAGGGUCUGAGUCGAAUGAUGCGUCUAUUUUAAAUGUAAGGAAUUUGACUUGGGAAACUGUACCUAAUGGGCCUGACGCAUCGUUCAUAGACGUACACGCUAUAACAUCCUUUGAAGAUAACAUCUAUAUCAUAGGUACUCCAACCAAAGACUCUGGCAAGAGCAUAUUAAUAUGGGCGUUUAAUAUUCCGAAAAGGAGCUGGUUUAGCCUAGAUACUACCGUGAAUCUUUUUGCGAAUGACCAGAAUGCGUAUGCAGGGAUUCAGUUGAUUAAUUCGGAUGAUUUGUCAUUCUCAGUGUGGAAGUGGAAUUUGGCUAAUAAUAGCGCAACAUUCCUUGGGACGAACGGGUACCCUUUUGCACAGUUGGCCGAUGUUCUUAUUGUUUAUAACGGUGAUUAUGAUAGCUUAGCCGUAUUCAACAUGACCAAAAAUGCUUGGGUUAUUCAAGUCAACAACGCCACCGGCUCAAAAUCUUUGCCGAAUAUUAUUGGUGCAGUUGGAGUAUUGGUGGUUCUAGUGGGCAUGGGCUUGUUCUUGCAUGGCCGGACCAAAAAUAAGAAAAAGAAUGGGGAGCAGCCGGCAAUAGCGGAAACUGAUGCGGCAUCUGAAAGCAGCAUCGAAACUGGUUCUCAGAGAGACAAUUCAGAGAUUUGUCAACUACCUACACUUGAAGUAUCUGGGCUUCAAAAUGAACAUUAUUCAUUUUUGUCCGAUACUACUAUUAAUAUGAACAGUUCGCUGAUUUAUCAAUCAAAAAUUGAGCAUUGUUCAUUUUUGUCCGACACUACUGUAGUAUCCGACUUCUCAACAUCUCCGACUUCACAUCGUACAGUGAAACUAAACUCUACUCCCCCUCCUCCAUCGUCACGUAUAAGCGAACUCUAUACUCAAUAUAAAGUGACAACUAUUACAUUCACUGCUUCUCCAUCAGCCCAAUCGGAUGCAAUUAUAUUCAACAAGUACAAACUCAGCGGCGGGAUGCCAACGUACGAUGUCAAGAAUUCUGAUCGUAACUCUGUUCGUCGUGCAGAGGAUGAGACUAUGCAUGAAAAUGUUGCGGUAAAGUUUUUCUCAAACAAAGAUUCAUUCGAGCGUGAGGUUGUCAUGUUGAAGCAUCUUCGAUCGGAAUUUGUUUGUGCAUUGCGCGACGUAUUUGACAUUUCCAAUUGGAAAUAUGCUAUGGUCAUGGACUAUUAUCCUAUGAGCUUGGAUAACUUUAUCAUUAGUAGAACCGGAACCACGGAUAAAUUAUACGUGAAGAUAGUGGUGAAAUCGUUAGCACAAGCAAUCAGUUAUGUUCAUAGUCACGAAAUAGUGCAUCUGGAUAUUAAGCCGGGAAACUUUGUCCACGAGGUUGGAGAUGUGAACAAGUGGAGAUUGAUUGAUUUUGAGGCGGCGAGGGUCAAUGGAGAAGAAGAUGUUGAUAGCAGCACAUUAAGAUAUGCUUCGCCUGAAAUAAUCAAUGCGGCUACAUUGCAUACUAGCAUCAAAGCAGAUACAUCGAUGGAUAUGUGGUCGUUAGGGUGUACAAUGUACGAAGUAUAUACUGGAAGCCCUCUCUUCCCAAAUGAACAAGAGGCUAAUGAUAAAUUAUUUGAAGCAUAUGAUACAAAGCACUUGGAAUUGCCUCUUGAUAAUGUAGAGGAUAUUCAAGCAAGGCAUGUACUCGAGAAGUUGUUAGUCAUUAACCCUAUGAAGAGAGCUUCAGUUGGGGAAAUUUUAAGAGGAGCAUAUUUUCAUGGUGGUGCUGAUAGUAUUCAGAUAUACAAUCUGCAGUCAGAAUCCGAGAAAAUCAUUAACAUCCUAAACCAGAGGUCGUGA